AUGGCGAUUACCACGGUUCGCAUUACUGAUGGAAUCUGUUCCUCAGGAUCGAGAAGAGCUUUCAGUCUCGAUUUUUCCUACCGUAAGUCAACCAAACAACUGACCUCUGUCGCUAGCACCGGACGUCUCCGGGGAGGAGGGAAAGUGACGGCGACGGUGAAUCCGUAUUCGCACGCGGAGCCAGAGGAGCGGAAGAGUUUGGCGGAUUUUCUGGUGGAAGCUGAAGAUUUAUUGAGAUCAGACGGCGGAGAUGGAGGUCCGCCUCGGUGGUUCUCUCCGUUGGAAUGUGGCGCACGCGCUCCGGGAUCUCCUCUUCUCCUCUACAUACCUGGGAUCGAUGGUACUGGAUUAGGACUCAUUCGGCAGCAUAAGAGGCUUGGAGAGAUGUUUGACAUAUGGUGCCUUCACUUUCCAGUCAGUGAUCGAACCCCUGCUCCAGACAUUGUGAAACUGAUUGAGAGGACAGUUAGGUCAGAGUACUUCCGUUCACCAAAUAGGCCCAUAUAUAUAGUUGGAGAAUCCAUUGGAGCUUGUCUUGCUAUAGAUGUUGCAGCGACUAACCCCGACAUUGAUAUUGUCUUGAUUCUCGCUAAUCCAGGUUUUCCGUUUGCAACAAUGUUUGAGAGUAUGCUGAAUGAAACUCAUGUCUCGCAGAUGUGUGGAGGGCUCUUAGGAGACUUCUUUGCAACUUCAGCUAAUCUGCCUACUCUGUUUAGGAUACUUCCCAAAGACACACUUUUAUGGAAGCUUCAACUGCUUAAGUCUGCUACAGCAUCUGCCAACUCUCACAUGCACACAGUCAAGGCCCAAACACUGAUACUACUGAGUGGGCGUGAUCAAUGGUUACUGAACAAAGAAGACAUUGAAAAACUCCGUUGUGCACUGCCGAAAAGCGAAGUCCGUCAUUUUGAGAGUAAUGGACACUUCCUCUUCUUGGAACAUGGGGUAGAUUUGGCGACUAUCAUCAAGCAUGCCUACUUUUAUCGUCGUGGAAAGAAACUUGAUUACAUUUCGGAUUACAUUUUGCCUACUCCAUUCGAGCUCAAAGAGUUUGAAGAAUCACAAAGAUGGUUCACCGCUGCUAUAUCUCCAGUAUAUCUCUCAACUCUAGAAAACGGCACAGUGGUAAGAUCACUUGCAGGAAUACCAUCAGAGGGACCGGUUCUGUAUGUUGGCAAUCACCUGUUGCUUGGUCUCGACUUUCGUCCACCAGCAAUCCAUGUCUUGAAAGAAAGGAACAUUAUGUUGCGUGGACUUGCACAUCCAAUGAUGUUUAGCAAGAAGAAAGGCUCAAUGCUCCCUGAUAUGCAGAUGUUCGAUUCACUUAGGAUCAUAGGCGCUGUUCCUGUCUCGAACAUGAACUUCUACAAACUGCUUCGCUCAAAGGCUCACGUGGUUUUGUAUCCUGGAGGUGCCCGUGAAGCUCUGCACAGAAAGGGUGAAGAACACAAGUUGUUUUGGCCACAACAUUCAGAGUUUGUAAGGCUAGCUUCUAAAUUUGGAGCAAAAAUUGUUCCUUUUGGCGUUGUUGGAGAAGAUGAUAUCUGUCAAAUGGUUUUUGAUUAUAAUGAUCAAAUGAAGAUCCCUUUCCUGAAGAAUCUCAUAGAAGAGAUAACACAUGACACAAUCAAGCUGAGGAACGGUGAAGAAGGCGAAGUGGGAAACCAAGAUCUGCAUGUGCCUGGAAUCAUUCCAAAGAUUCCGGGACGGUUCUACGUUUAUUUUGGGAAACCAAUAGAAACAAAAGGUAGAGAGAAAGAGCUAAACGAUAAAGACAAGGCUCAAGGGGUUUACUUGGAGGUCAAGUCAGAAGUAGAAAGAUGUAUGGCUUACCUGAAGGUGAAGAGAGAAAGUGAUCCUUACAGAAACAUAUUCCCGAGGCUUCUCUAUUACCUCUCACAUGGUUUCACUUCCGAGAUCCCAACCUUUGAUCUCCGAAUCCAUUAA